GCCCUCCUGUCUUGAUGUCGGUAUUGGACUGGUACAAAAUCCAAGUGAAUGUGCUUUUGAACUUUUAGGAUAGUAAUUCCCAUUUUACUAUCAAUUCUUAAAACAAGUUUAGGCUAAUGGUAGUUAUGGAUGCCACGACGUUCAGGUUAGCAUAGGGAUCGAUUUAGAGUUCAGGCUCAGGUUAGGCAGGGGUCGAUUUAGAGUUCAGGUUAAGCAUCGGGGUAAAUUUAAAGGACGAACCUGAAUCCUAAAUCGAUCCCUAUGCCUAACCCUAACCCUAAAUCGAUCCCUAUGCCUAACCUGAACCCUAAAUCGAUCCCUCAACCUAACCUAAACCCUAAUUAUUUAGCCUAAUUCACUGCAACUAUAAUAAACACAAAAGACGCUGUGGGGCAUCCCUCCUUAAUAUCAGCCGGCAUAGGGAUCGAUUUAGGGUUCAGGUUAGGCAUAGGGAUCGAUUUAGGCUUCAGGUUAGGCAUAGGUGUCAACCAAGAUUGGCGGCCAUUGAGAAAAUAGGGGCAUCCAUACUCACCAUUUACCCAAGUUUAUUUCUAUUUUUUUUUGUUACAAUUAAGGCAGUGUCUACACGUCCGGCUCGCUGGACAUAUAUCUCCCGCACUAUUUUUCCGGCGACAAAAUCACAUGACCACCGGAAGACUACUUUAUCGAGAUAUUCGUCCGGCAACCAAGUCACAUGACCGCCAUAACAAAGUGGCUCCAAAUAUUUGUCCGUCGGCCUUGUCACUUGACCGUAAAUGAUUAAAAACUAUUGUUAAUUUUAAAAUCUAUUUCUCUACCAAAUAAUUUACUAAGUAUCUUGCAAACAAAUAAUAGAAAAAAAUACUGGGUAUAUUACCACAACAAAGUGGGGGUUAAGCAAUAAUGCAUUCUAGAAGGAAGCAAUGCUGAGAGGGAGAGAUAAUACGGUAAUAAAAAAAUAGGAAUACUAAAAAAAUAAUAGUGAGGGUGAUAAAUAAUAAAGUUAAGGCAGGGAGGCCGAUAGUUCACAAAGAAAUACACCCUACAUCUUAAUGUAGGGCCGAUAUAGUGGUAGCCUAGCCUACUUCACAUGCAAUACUAAAUACUAAUCCUGAAAUACAACUUUAUUGACAUAGGUCUAUUGAAGUCUACUGGUCUUAUUUUAAUUGGUUCAUAUUUCAAACUUAGGCUUCAAGCUAGAGCUUUACAAGAUGUUUAAGCAAGAUAAGGGACUCUUUUCUUUGAAGAGUCAGAAUCAAAUAGACUACUUUGCCGGCGACCACUUGUUACAUGACAUGUCUACCACCGAAAUAAUAUCUUCCACUAGUCGUCCGGCGGGGCGGUCACUUGCCAGCCGGAAGAAUUUCUCCCACUUUUCGUCCGGUGGUCAUGUGACAUGCCCGCCUGAUGUAUAUCUCCAGCACUAUUUGUCCGAAUGUGUAGACACUUCGUACAAUUAAAUUGACAAAACCUUUUAAUUUUAAACAAAGAAUCAAAUCAUCAUAUCAUUAUCAUGUUAAUAAACAACCCAAUACUAUUAUGCCAAUACGCCAACAAUAUUUUCUAACAUAUUAAAUACUUUAAAUAGUAAUAUAAUUAUAAUAAUUAUUAAUAAUAGUAAUACUUUAACUUAAGUAAUACUAGUAAUGGGCACUAGGUCUAGUCACGCAUAAUUAGGAACUCGGCGAAAUUUCGACACCCAUGCCUACCCAUAAAAAAGUGGCUAUUCGGACCUGGGUAUCAGAAGUGAGAGGCAGCGUUAGGAUUUUAAAAAAUAUUUAAAAUAUUAUUGUUGGGUUUGUAAGACAACAUUUGGUAUCAAAUGAAAGAUAAUUGAAUGGACUUUGCGUUUGUCAACUUACUUCUUUAGUUUAACUAAAAUCCGGUACCACAAAUGACAUUCGAAAUAGAAUUUAGUCUAAAGGGACAAAGGUAUGCAUAGUGGCAACACAUUCUGUAAGACAUUUGGAACACAGAAAAUAUCCAAACUACUUGGAAGACCAGAGCUAUCAUCAAACUUCCUUAACUAAAGAGGCAUACUUUAUGAUUUCAACAAAUGGUGAGACAUCACCAGCCAGUCACUCACCAAAAAAGUCUUCUGCAAAAGUACUCUACAAUUUACAAUGCAUAACAACAUUGGAGUACAUAUUGGACAGGAACAGGCCGGCUUUAGGAAAAGGAGGUCUUGCACUGAUAACAUUUUAGUCUCAAAGCAAAUCUAAGAGCAAGCUCAUAAUGAGAGAUGCAGCUUUCUUUGUCUCUGUCCACGUCUAAAAAGCUUUUCUCAGCCUACAUUGAGAGUCACUUUGAAAGAUUUUUCAACAUCAUGGUAUUCCUUAAAAACUGGUCAGAAUUAUCAAAUCACUCUAUGAUAACUGCAUGCAGAUUUCUCCACAAUGGCCACCUUAAUAAACCUUUCAAAGUUUAGUUUGGUGUGAAGCAGAGGUGCAUUCUUUCACAGCUUCUAUUCUCACUAGUUAUUGAUUAACUUAUGCGACAUGGAAUUCAAGGGAAGGACAAGGAAUACAUUGGAUGCUGACAACAGUGCUUUAAGAUCUGCACUAAGCAAUUAAAUAGUUUUGUAGCACAUCAAGUACCCAGGUGUCCAGAACAGACAGAGAGACUUGCUAAAACCACCAUAAUAGCCUAGGAAAAUGACACCUGAAAAACAAACACACUUAUACCAGAACAAAAGAUAAGGAUAAUAAUGAUAAUAAAGCUUAUUUGAAAAUCACGCUUCAUCCCCAAAGCCUCGAAGCGCGGUACAAAGUCAUCCAUAUUAAAAGAGAAAUGAAAAAAUCUAUAUUUUACCACAUUGAAAUACAAAACGCAACAUUACAAAAGAUACAUCCGAGAAUACCCAUUCUAAGUCUUUCAUCCCUUUCAACCAUAAACAACACAGGCCACUAGGAGAUAAUAGCUAGCUGGAAAAGAUGGUAUACAAAAUCACUCCCACAGGUGUUUGCGAAAUAGAUAUGUUUUCAAAUCGGUUUUGAAAGACUCCAGUGUCUGGCUGUUUCUGAUAGCGACAGGAAGGGUGUUCCAAAUUGUUGGGCCAGCAAAUGCGAACGUGCGCCUUCCAUAAGUCUCAAGGCAAACACAUGGUAUCGAGAGUUUGCCACUAUCGGAUGAGCGGAGUUGUCUAGUGGGUACAUAAGGCGUCAUGAGCGCUUUGAGAUAGGACGGCGCCAGGUCAUGCAAGCAGUGGUAGCACAGAGUUGCAAUUUUGUACUCUAUGCGACCAUGGACCGGCAGCCAAUGCAACUCUCUCAGAAGUGUUUUAGCAUGGUCAAAUUUUCGUUUGUGAAAAACAAUGCGAGCCGCAUUAUUCUGUACUUUUUUAAUUUUAUCCAGGAGCGUAGCUGGAAGACCCACCAUGAGAGUAUUGCAGUAGUCCAUGCGUGAUAGCUCGAAUGCAGACAUCAGCCUCUUUGUUGCAUCAAACGUUAAGAAAGGAUCUGUGAAUAGAAAAUUUACCCAUAAGUCAGCUCCCCCAGAUCCAGUCAAAAGACAGAAAUGGGAUUCCAUUAUCAGUUUCCUCAAGCGCCAGUCAGCAUAUUUGACUGAAUCUUUACAUCCGUAUAGUUGUGAGAACAAGUGAUGGUAUUAAUAGAUAUAUCUUAGAUAUAAUAGAUAUUUUAAAAAGACAGAUAAAAUAAAAGCAUACAAAAUUAUAAUUUUCAUUGAGAGGUUUCCUCCCAAAUUAUAAUAUUUUGCAAUAAAUAAAAAGAUUCCGACUCAUAAUGUGCUAGUAAUCACAUCUUCUGCACAACACAGAAAGACCUUUCACAGAAUAGUAAUAAAACAUAACUUGGUAUUUAUUACCCGGUAAUCAAAUAAAAUGUUCACACUGCUUUAGUUCAAAGUAGUUACGGUACUAUAUCACAAUUAUUUCACUAAAAAUUUAAAAAAUGAGAUAAAAUGAUGUCCGUUGUCUAUGACAAUAUUCCAUUUAUAUAUUAUAUAUAUAUAUAAAUAAUAAAUAAAUAUAUAUACCAUAUUUAUCGGCGUAUAACAGGCACAGGCGUAUAACACGCACCAUUUGCGCCGCUAUGCGGUAUGUACGAUGGGUCCUUAACAUUAUAACGGCAUAUAACACGCACACAUCAUUUGCCCCCUAUUUUCAGGGAGAAAAAGUGUGUGUUAUACGCCGAUAAAUACGUUGAAUGUAUAUAUAUAUAUAUAUAUUUUAUAUAAAUAUAAAACUAUAACAAAUAAGUACCGGGCUAUCUUAAGGGAAAAGUAAGCUUUGCUAAAAUUUUUAGAGAGGCCGGAAGGCUAGGAUAAUUCAAGGGGCAUUUUUUAAUGAAGUAAUAGUCAGGGUUCAUGGUGAUAAUGGUAGGGGUAGGGAUUCUUUUUAAAUUUUGUUUGUUAUGAUUAGUAAGUAAUCUAAUUGGAAGUUGAAAAGUUUUCAGGACUAUUUAUUGCAGAAAGGACAAUCCUUACUAAAAGUAAAACAAAAAAAUAAGCCUAAUGAAAUUCUUUAAAAUUAAUUAUGUACCGUACCAAUACAUCAAAUUUUUAGUCUUUAAAUUUGUAAAAUUAACCUUUUUUCAGACUUUUCUUACAAGACCGCUGAUUAUAGCUACUAUAAGAUUUGAAAUAUGGCAGAUGAUGUACCUUCAAGUAAUACUGAUAUUCCUCGAGGUCUCAUCAACAGAACUGGAAAUCCUAUUGGGAGAGGAUCAAGGUUAACCUGGCUUUAGAUUUGUGUUGCCCCCAUUUCAAUUUGUAAACUCUGAUUCCUCCUCUUCACUUCAGUGAUGUAGAAUUAGAAUGCUUUUUUUAUUCUUUAUUUAUUUUAUUACAUGUUUUAAAGCAUGAUGGUUGAAAAAUAUUAAGCUUGACUUACUCAUCUCACGUUAUUACCAAUGACACCUGUGUUUAAAGUGAAACUGUAAAAGUGUCACGUUUCAAAACGUGCCUCGCCUCCAUGUUUAUACAUUUUCAUUUUAGUACCAGUAUUAAGAUGGGGAACCCAUGUCUAGUAAAUAUUUACUGUCAGUCUGUGCUAAAAAAAAUCUUGCAAUUAAGAAUGGGUGGGAAAAAUAAUAAUGUGUUAACUCGUUUACAUGAAAAGGCCUGUGCGCAGUUUAUAGUAAUCAAUUCACAUCACUUUACUUAAGUAAUGAAACCCAUUAAAUUAAAUUUGUUUAUUUUUAUGAACAUUCCGGACAUGGAAAUCUGGCCCUAUUUAAAAUUUUAUUUAAAAAUAAGUUAAUGUUUGUUAUUUAUUUCUAUUUUAUGUUUGCAAGAAUUGAAAGUAUUGUCACAUUCCUAACAAACAUAGCAGUUUAGAUCUCAAUUUUCCUCAGAAAUUGAGAUUGUUUUACUGCUAAUUGAACUGAAGGAAAAUAAAAAUUCACAUCAGUAUUUAUAGCAAGUCAGCUAUAAAGCUUUCAUUAUCAAUCAUUCUUCCUUUUUUCAGGCUGCCUUCUGUAAGAGGGCAUCGAGAUCUGACUCUUGGAGGUAUUCAGAGAAAGGUUUUUGUCCCCAAUUUAGCAGCAGUUAAAAAAUCAAUUGGCAAAGAUGAGUGAGUUUGCAAUGAUUUUUCCUAUUGAAAUAAAUCAUAAAGAAAUUGGUUUCUUCAGUAAAAUAUUCUGGGGACAAGGACUUCUAACCUUUUUUUUCUUGGCUUUUUCAUUAGAUUAAAGUGUCUAGAAUAUGUUACAGAUUUAUGUUAUAGUAUCAUUUAUUUGCCACACUCCCUUUUUUAAAGACAUAUUUUUAUAGUUAUUUCCCUAUCACCUCAUAUCGUUUCUGCAGUCCAAAGCCUUCUUCAUCAUCAUCCUCUCAAGUGGCGGAUAAGCAAGACAGUAAUACCAAUCGAGGUAGAGGAAAAUCAGACAGAGGCAGAGGACGUGGAAGAGGUCGCGGUGAAGAUCGAACAAUUCAACUUCAAUCUGAAUUUGCAUAUGGACCAAUGGGUGGAUCAUCAUCAGGUUCUGCAAAGUUCUGUACUAACCAACAAUAUUAUAUACAAAUAAAGGACAUUUCAUAAUAAUGUUUUUAUAAUUUUUGUUCCCAAAUAAUUAUCAUAUUAAUUUAACAAAUUUUCAUAAAAUGAAAUACUGUAUCAAGCGUAUAAUGAUUCAUAAAAACCAAAUAUAUUUUUGUAGAGUGACCAAAUUUUAAUGAUGGAAAGCUGCUUAAGACAUACAAAAAAUGAGUUUUAAGACGUUUAUGUACUAUAUUUAUCCACAGGCUGGAGCCGAAGCAGAGGAGGUGAUGGUGGAGGAGGAGGUGGGGGUGGUGGUGGAGGUGGAGGAGGAGGUAAAAGUGGUGAGACUGAUUCUACAGCAAUCAAAGCUGCCAUGAGACAUUCUAAAGGCACGGAGGAGGACAAGAAACUACUGGAAUCUCUAAUGAAGGAUAAUGUAAGUCAGAGUAAAAUUACCACAAAGAAAGGUUUUGUAGAAAAGAUAUGUGAAAGCUUACAAGGGAAAAAACUGGAAAAUCAAAUGUAGGUUUCAGCUAGAAGCCUUCAUCAGCAGUUGAGCAAGAAAAACACAGAGACUGUGAAGAUUUCAAAUUAGCUUGUUAAUAGCUGUAAUAACACGAUAGAAACAGGAAGUUUUUUGAAACAAAACGUGUUACAGGACAUAAAAGUAUUUAGGCAUUGUUUAAUAUGAAAUGCUAAAUUUUCAAAAUUUAAAAAAAAAAUUAAAAACUUAAGACAAUUUAGGACUUGAGUAUAUGGCAAUAUGGUACAAAAAAUCUGAAUUAAUUUGUUUUAAUUCUUCACUCGGUUACAUGAUAGUUACAUCUGAUGUGCAUUUGUUUUUAAUUCCAUUAGAAGGAUAUAAGACGAGAUAAAGGCUCAAACAGAAUUACUAUUUUUUUUACAUACAUUUCUUCAGCACUGCAUAAAUAGUAAAAAAAAAAAUAAUGUUUAAUAUUAAAUAUAAUUAUUUUUUUUAUCACUUGUCACAAGGCUCUUCUUUCUUGGAAAGUAUGAAUAAAUGCUGCUACAUUACCAUAGAUGCUUGCUCUAAAGGCCAUUUAUCCAUUUUCAUUAUUAAAUCCACAAUGAUCAAGGUUAAUUCAGUUCAUAAAAUAUGUUAAAUAUACCAUAAUUAAUUAUGUAUUGUGGUUUUCCACGAUCCUGGGAAGAGAGUCACUUUUAUCCCAUUAUCCCAGGAUGAGCAAAUAGCCGAGUGGGGAUUGAAACCCUACUGUCUGCUAACAUUUUAGCGACAGCCUGUAUUAAUCUAUUGUUUUGCAAAAAAAUUGCAGUUCAUCUCAGACAUGGGAUCUGGAGAUCCUCGAAUGACCCCAAUAAGGUUACCUCUUAAUAUCAACACAGGUGUUGCAAGUCAAGGCCUGAAGUCAGAAUUUAAAGGUGCAAUCCUGUUUUCAUUUUUUUCUCCCCUUAAUAAUAUUUGUAAUUAUUUUGAGUUUUUAAUGCAAUCACCAAACUUGUAAAAUGGAUAUGAAUCUACAUAUUAUUCAUGCAUGUAAAAAUUAUAUAGUCUAACAAUUUCAAGUUAUUAGUAAUGGUACCAGCUGUGCAAUUGGAGGGGGGGGGGGUGGGGGGGACAAACAGGGCUUUGAUCCCGAGGGCAAAAUCAUCAUGGGCUGUUAAAAGGGUGAAAUUAAAACAAUGCUGAAAAUCUUUUGAACAUUCAACACCUAAACUUAAAAGCAAUUUUUUCUUGCCAUUAAAAUUUGAAUCAUACUGACCAAAUCCUAGAAGUAAAUACAAUAUGUAUAGGAGUUAGCAUGAUGGUUGUUAUUAUUAUAAUGGUUGUAUGCAAUAAAUCAUUUUCAUAACACUGUUAAGUACAUUUCUUCUUUUUCUUUGACUUUUCAUCUCCCAGUUGAGCAUAGGCCAAUAACAAUUUCUUUCCCAGCCUUCAGGUCUCUAGCUAUACUCUCUAACUCUUUCCAGUCUUUGUUACACCUUUGUCGAUAUAUCUCCUCCAGGUGGUUUUUUGGGGUCUUCCUCGUCCUCUUGAUCCUUAAGGCUUCCAUACCAGUGCUUGUCUUGUUAUAUUUGUCAUGGUUUCUUUAUGGUAUGACCUAUCCAUCUCCACCUUCUUUUCUGUAUUCUUGCUCCACUGGGAUUUAUGCUGUCAUUUCCCUCGCUGUUGUAUUUGAGGUUUAGUGGAGUUAUUUGAUGUUAAGAUUUUACGCAGGCAAUUAUUCACGAAGAUUUGCAGUCUUUUCCAAUUAUUCUUGUUUGAUCUCCAGCUUUCUGAGCCAUGCAGCAGAAUAUACUUAUCAUUAGAACUAAGUAUUCUAAUUAUCGCCUUUCUCCUUAGUUGCCUAGAGCUUAAAAUAUUUUUAAUUAAGGCAAAAGCUUGUCCUGCCUUCUGUAUAAUUGUAUUGAUAUCUGCGUCUGAUCCCUCAUCCUUACAAACUAUACUCCCUAGUUAGGUAAAAUUAUCUACUGUACAUUCUGUAUAAGUCAAGAAAUUUUAGUUAUAAACUUCAUUUUAAAAAGCAAAGUGGGCUUAUCAAUGGGUCAGUGCUAGUUUAGUUUGAAUUUUGUACAUUGAAUGCGGGGUAAUGUUGCGUUACCAGUAGUGCUAUUGCACUUACCGCCAGCUGUGGGGGGGUAAGCCAGAUACCGGGUACACACACACAGAGACAAAAACAGUGAUUGAUGCAUGACUGAAAUCUGAUACCCAGUGCUGGGUCAGUGCCCUGGUGUGUCCUAAUGUGCCCUGGUGUGUCCUAAUGUGCCCUGGUGUGUUCUAAUGUGCCCUGGUGUAUCCUAAUGUGCCCUGGUGUGUCCUAAUGUGCCCUGGUGUGUCCUAAUGUGCCCUGGUGUGUCCUAAUGUGCCCUGGUGUGUUCUAAUGUGCCCUGGUGUGUCCUGGCCCAACUAUCAGCCUUCAGGGGAAACAUUUCAUCUUCCAAAUUUGUAUAAUCCCUUUAAAGAAGAAACAAUGGAAACAGGAGAACCGGAGACAAAAGUAGAGAUCAAACCGAUGUUGGGGGUGAGCUUCAGUCACAGUCGUCCUCAUGAGCGGGCAACUUCAAUAAAUGACAUACUGAGUCAAGCUGCUAAGUCAGGUAUUGAAAAGAUUUUACCUGCAUUUACAUUUACUCUUCAAUAAUUAAAUGAAUUAAAAACGUCUUUUAUCAAGUUUCAUCAUAUUCUGAAAAUUUUGAGGUCAAUUUCUCCCUUCGUAAACAGCACAAAUAAAUAAAUCAUAUAAUUUGUGUUUUAAAUAAUCAACUGAAUAUUUAGUAAAAAAAAAUUCUUUUCAGCCUACUUCUUAACACUAAGAGGUUGUUUAAUUUUCUUGAGCUUUACCGCAUUCCAACCGUUAUCUCUCUCUCUCUCUCUGCACUUGUUAAAUGUGGAUGUGUAAUUUUAAUUGACAGAAAGGGGAGAGCUCCUAUUUCUUCAAUUUCCUGAUACACUUCCUGGCUUACCAGCUUCAGCAGUCACAGAUGAUCGCACCAAGGCUUCAACCAGCAAUAGUACAGUAAACAAAGAAGAUGAGGUAGGGUAAUUAUACUCCUUGAAAUUGAAUGGCUUAAAAAGUUACCUAUUUGAAAUUAAUUGUAAGUCUUUGGCAGUGGCUCUUAAAUUGGCAUCUGCUGUCGCAACACUAAAUUUCAUCCUGCAUUUUUUUUUUUUAUUAUAAUUGUAGCCUUUUAUUGUAAUGACUUUCCUUGUCAAAGAUGAAAAUACAUGUCCAUCACAUGUAUGGUUGUCGGAAAGAAGAAACUCAAAAUAAUUUCUUGUUAAAAGGCACUUAUAGUACAUAUAUUUUUAUAAGACAAUUCAACGUUAACAUAACAUGAAGGAAGCAGUAUCAAAGUUUUGGUUUGUUUAAAAGGAUUUUGUAAUUAAUUGCAGAAUUUGUAUUCAUGCCUUUCUUUCAAAAUCCUUAGUUGGCCAAGAGAUUGGACUCCUGCCAGCUGAAAGACUGCAGCGAAGGUUACAUGGGAAAACUUAGAAUAAGAAAAUCAGGAAAAGCUGAGCUGGUGCUGGGUGACAACGUAAUGGAGGUGCUGCCAGGAAUUCCUAUCAAUUUCCACCAGGCAGGUUUUUGAUAAAAAAUGAUUACUUUUGUAGUUGAAAAUAAGUUUAAAGGUGCUUGGGAGAUCUGGAAAGAGAGAGAAAAAGAUCUACAUACAUUUUAGUUGGAAAAUAUGAGCUGCUAACAAAACUUGCCCCAUUGAUGAAAUUAUUUAAUCUGCAAGGAAACUGGGGCUCAGUAAAAAAAAAUUACCAGAUACUUUUGAAAGUUUAGUAUUACCCCACAAACUGUGGUAUAAAAUCAUGCUGUAGUGUGGGAGCUUUUGAGAGCUUUUUGAGUGCUUUUUGAAAUAGCAUUAAAUGACAUAGAAAUAUUGUUACAAGACCCCAAUAAGUAGAUAUUUUUAGAAAGGUAAAUGGAUGGGGAUAAACUUGGCUAUAUUGCCCACCCUGUACAAAAAAUGUUUGUUCAGUGACCUUGACCUUGAAGUACUCAAGGGAGAAAAAUCGUCAAAAUGUCUUGCUUUCAAGUGCUCAUAACAUCAUUAAUUUUUAUAGAUUCCAUUAAAAUGCUUAAAAAAUGUUGUAGCCAAUUGAUUUAUUUCUCAUAAAAUGUAUGGUUUGCUAAGAUUUCUUAUACAAAUAAGCCUCUGGGAGCAAUUUUUGUAAUUUUAGGUUAUUUUUUACAUAACAAAAUAACUAAUUGGGACCACAGCUAAAACCAAGUACAACAUACAAAAUCUCAGGCAAAAAAGUUAUAAUUGACAAGAAAAAAUGUAAAAAGGAACUGUGGAUUUGAUUUGGGUUGCCUAACUAUAAAAUUUAUUGUUCUUCUUGUGACUAAAAUUCAGUCAGUCCUUGCCCAACCCUUGGGCCUGGCUUGAAGUCCUGCAAUAGGCCUACUUCAGUAUCACUAGGACUAGUAUCACAUUCAUUAGAAGAAGAAUCCAAACUGAUAUCGUCAUGGGGAAUGUUAAAAUCAUCAUCAGUAUCACUUAAAUCCUCUCCUAAAAAGUGUUCAAAAAUAUUUCUAUUAGUUCUCGUACUGAAGGCCCCGGCCAUUUUAGCUUUAAAAAACAGCGAUACAAAACUCUGAUUAAAAGGGACUUAUUGAUAAGUUAUCAACAAACAGCUUGACGCGGAAGCUGAUUUAAUUAUUAAUAAAAGGAAGUGGCUAUAAUUCAAGUUAAAUAUUGGCUUGGAAGUUGCUAUCUGACCGUGUUUUUUUAUCGGCCGAUUUUUCCGGCCACCACAGUACAGAACAAAAAUAUCGGCUGAUUUUUUUGGCCGACCACAGUUCGUGGGUUAAAAAAUUCAUUGAUUUGAUUUCUAGAUGGCUAUCAUGAUCUUAAUUUUUUUAUUGAUUUUUUUUUAAACAAGGCUUAUCAACUUGUCUUCCCAUUCUUACUAUAGGAACUUGUGUCAGUGAGAACUGAUCAUAACCCUGGUCAGAUGGUCGUCCUGGGCCCGGUGAAGCAUAAACUCAUGGUGGCGCCAGACUAUAAUCACCUGCUUGGACACGACAAUAAGUUCUUGUGAUAAUGUGUGCUUCAAAAUGUAUGGAAAUUUAUUUGCUAAUCAUAGAGCUGGUCAGGAUCUGACAUUUUCAUUUUGGGACUGUCACUCAGGGCAGUGCAGACACAUUCACAGUAGUGACUGAAUCAAAUAGUAAGAUUGUUGUGCGCAAUUAAUGUUUUAAAAGGGAUAGCUUAGUCAUGUUAUUAUAUUAUAUAUGUAUAUAUGAUUGCCACAGGUCAUAUUUGAAAUGUAACAAUAAGCUAAAAUGCCGUCAUAUUCUGACACAAAAAUGUAAUUUGGAGGUAUAAGAAAUGUUUAUUGGGAAACAGAGGGAAAGAAAUAUUCAGAGCAAGGCCUGUUGGUUGAAUAGCAAAACAAAACAAUAGAACUGACGUUUAGACUGAAUGCCUUCCUUUGUGAACGCAUACGAAGGCAAAAAAACACGAAAAUUAGAAGAGAAAGAGGACUUGGCACAUGACUUGACAAGAAACAUUUAAUAACUACAGUUGAUUUAUGUAUGAAUCAGCAACCACUCUAGGAAUUUUUCUAGAUGAUGUGAGAUCCCAUUUUUGUACCCCUGGAAUAACUGGGUGGGGGGCGGGUUGUUUAAUUAGGCAUUUGGAGCUCCAUCUCACCGCCCUAAGACCCAUGCAUGAGGAUGGGAUUAGUGUCUCACGUCAAAAAUAAUUCCAUCUGAACUUGUUUUGGUAAUGUUUUUGAUUAUAGUGAAACCACUGAUUUGUUUGUUGCUGAAUUAAACUCAGAUUUUGGAUGUUAAAUUUGAAUCUGAAAUUAAAGCAAAUUUUUGAUAACUAUG